AUGCGAAUGAGGAGCGUUCCAGAGCGUACCGUUACCGUACGUACAUCGAGCCUGGCCAUUUUCAAGAAAGCGAGAACAUUGGCCCCCGUUCAAGAAUCGAUCGGCCGAUCGGUGUUCGCGUUUUCGGCAUUGUUUCGCCCGUGCGACGACCGAAAGGACUGGGAUCGUCAUACGAUGCCGCCUCCAGUCGGAUUAGCAGCACUGUGGGGUGCAUUAUUGGAUGAGCUAUGGCAGCCUCGGAGACGAACAUUCGCGAGCGGUGGAAUGCAUCGAUCGACCAUCCCUCGGCCUGCCUUUCGCGUGAAGUACGCAACCGGACCGAACCGGACUGGUCGAGCGGGCCCGGGCGGGCCGGGCCGGGCAGUCAGGACCCGGUCUUUACCAAGGACGGUUAUUGGAAGGCUUGGCAGAACAGUUCGUACUUGCCGCGGGCUCGCCUUGCCUUCGCGGUUCUUUCACUCGGCGCCCUUUCUUUUCAACUGUCGCGCGCCGGGGAGGGAUGAUGAACCCCACGCGGGCGACCUCGGUCCUCCACGACGCAGAACCGGUCCGAGUAGCCGGUCUGACACCACCACCGCCUGCGAGAGUCCCAUUCGGCCCGGCCCUGUCCGCUGUUCCUGUCUGGAGUCGGGAGUCCGGACGGGCGGACGGAUGCGGAGCGGCGUACGGCACAACGACAACAGUCUAACCGCGGCCAGUGGACCGAAAUAUUCAGCCAAGGCCCCCAGCGAGGCGCCACCCAGCGCCUGCUCCGUCGGUCUUCGCUCGGGCGGGAGGGAGGGCGCUGUCUGUCGCCUGAGGGACGGACGGACGGACGGACGGACGGAGGGAGGGAAAGGAGCGCGCAUUGAUUGCCAAGGGAAGGGAACAGGCGGGCCGGCGGGGCGAGGAGCGGGGCCGUGCCAUGCAAGGUGCACGUCGGAGCGGGUGAUCGUGGGUUGUGCAGCCGGUUGUGUCGCAGGGGCAGCAGGAAGAGGAGCAGGGGCCCAGGGGACACCAGGGGGCCAGGGGCGGGGCCAGGGCAGGGAGGUGGAGCCGCAGGGAGGACCGGAGGUGCUGGUUUACGUAGGAAAGAGAGAACGGGACGGAGGAGGAAUGUAUGCGAGCCCUAAAACAGGGGAGGGGGACGGAUCGCCAGUAUCGAGUCAGGGAUCUCGAGGCGGGAGCGCGGGAGGAGGGCACCGAGGGCGACCGAGGGAGGGCGAGGCGAGUUGA